AAACGCAUAAUACACAUAGUUUUUCGUCGCCAUAUUUGCGACGAAGUGUGUUAGUUUGUCUCGAAAACUAUCGUCGUUUUCGACGAAAAGGGGGCUUAACCACCCCAGUUGGUUGUGAAUUUGUGAAAUUUUAUAUUACUAUUUGGAGUGAUUCUACUGGAAGUACACUAAAAGUUUGUUAUUUUCUUUUUUGAAUAUUAUAAACAUGGCUUUCUAAGAUGACGGGUCUGAAGCUGAGCGUAACCACCUUCAGUGGAGAAGAAAUUCUCUCUCGACACCUCGUAGCAGUGAAUGCAAGAAGAAUUUCUAAUGGAGAAAUCGAAAAAUCGUCCUUUGCAGCCCUAUUUAAAGGGCGCAAGUAACGAUAAAAAAAGUCAAGAUGCAUCAAAUACAAAGGUAUACUCUCGCGGAGGUCGCCGCAGAGAGCCUUCUGGAGGUUCGUUUUCUUCGAAAAAUGAUAUUUCUCGCAAACCUAUAUCCCAACGUAAUAACAAAAUGGCUGAUAAGCGUCCACGUCCCCGGGGCUACUAUCAUUCAGGGACGUUUGACGGAAACACGAGCUCCAGGAUAGUAGAUGAGGAGAUUGAGUGUGGCUCAAUUUUGGUAUCAGGCAGUAAAAAGCAAAAUCUUAACCAUCUUCUUAAUUUUCAUUUUGAGCCCCGAGAUACGCAUUGGCGAUCGGGACCUGGGGGGAUGCCUCAUAAAGUUGGAGGUCGACUGAUUUCCACUUAUAAACAUAAGUAUAAUAAGGAGCAGUUCUUACAAGCAAAUUGUCAAUUUAUUGUUAAAACAGGGGCUGAUUAUAAACUUCAUAUGAACAACCCUGAUUCUCUUGUUAAUUGGGACUUAAUUGAACAAGUUAAUAUUAAUGUAAUUGAGUAUCCGUCUUGCCCAAUAUGUCUCUAUCCACCAUCAGCAGCAAAAAUGACACGAUGUGGUCAUAUCUAUUGUUGGUCAUGUCUUUUACAUUAUUUAGCAUUGACUGAUAAAACCUGGAGAAAAUGUCCUAUUUGCUUUGAAAGUGUUGACAAGAACGACCUUAAAAGUGUUGUCCCUGUGCCCCACAUCAACUUUAAUACGUCAGAAGAAAUAACUUUUAAUCUUAUGAAAAAAUUACGUGGCUCAUUAAAUGUACGUCCCAUUGGUGAAAUUUGUACUGAAGAUAUUUUACCAAAAGUGUCCCAGUUAGGAUCUGCAAGGCUUUAUUCAAAAAUUUUGCUAGCUGAUAAGGCAGAUGUGCUUAAUAUUAUAAUGCGAGAAAGAAAUGAACUUGAGUUUCAACUACAUGAAGAUGAAAAUUGUCCAGAAAAAUGUUUUAUUGAACAAGCCCUACAAUUGCUUGAAGAACGUGAAAAACUGGUUUUUAAAGAAUUUGAUGUAGAUAUAACAAAUUUCAAAAUAUCGGAAUAUAUGGCAAAUAAUGAAUAUGAAUAUAGUGUACAACAGUUGGAAACAUGUUCUGAGAAUUGGGAUGGCAAAGAAGAAACAAAUCUUAAACUUGAAGAUCAAGAAAAUAUAGCAGUUGAAGACUUAGAAAUUUCUUCGUAUAGUGUCCAAAAAGCAUCAAAAUAUUUUUAUUUCUAUCAAGCAUCUGAUGGACAGCAUAUCUAUAUGCAUUCAUUAAAUAUUAAAAUGCUUGAACAUACUUACGGUUCUCUUGAAAAUUGUCCUAAAACUAUAAUAGGAAGAAUUGUUGAAAAGGAAUGUGGAUCUAUGACAGAGGAUCUGAGAAAACGAUUGAGAUAUUUGCAACACCUUCCAAUUAGUUGCCCCUUUGAGGUGGCUGAGAUCCAAUUAAUGCCACCUGUUGUGGCUUUGGAUACUGUUACUUAUUUUCAUGACCAAAUUGAGUUGCGACGUAAACGUCGUCUUCAUAGAGAAAAAGAGGAAAAACGUCAUGCAAAACGCAUAGAAGAACAGGAAAAUAUGAAAAUGGGCAGAUUUCGUUCAGCUAAUAUUCAUAUUGAAUCCCAUCGUCAAUUUCCAGAUUUUGGUCUUGAUCAGCAAGGAGAAUACUCACAAACAUAUGGACAAAUAUCACCAUAUAGUGAAAGGAGUCUUUCUCCUAUCACACUAUUAAAUAGUUCCACAAAUACUUCACUGUCUGGAAGUUUAAACAAAGAUGGAGAAACUGGCGGACUUUCAUUUGCGAAGAUGCUAUCUACAAGUAAACCGCACACAACGAGUGAAUCUGAAUCAGUAAAACCUAUGGCCUCUAACAGUGUAAAAAUAAUCAACGUCACUGGAUCACAAGCUCGAUCAUCUUUUGUCAAAAAAACUAAUCGUAAUAACAGCGAUAGCGAACCCGAACCUGACGAAUACGUCCCUGUACCAGCGUUUAAUAGGAGUUUCGGAGACGCUAUAGCGUCGGCCUUAGAAAAAGUGGACCUCACUAAUGAUAAUGACAAUAAUGGUGAAUCCCAACGAAGAGGAAAAAAGAAGAAAAAAGGUAAACAAAAGGUGUUAUUUGCAACAUCUAUGACAUUUUCGGGGAAUUGAACUUUAUUUGCUUUAACUAUUUAAAAAUAAAUAUUAAAAACAAGACGUAAAGGAUGCUUUAAUUUGUUGUUUGAAAUGAAAUCUACAUUUUUUUGUUUAAUAGUUUGCAUGGGCUAAUACUAUUUACUUUAUUAUACAAGAUUGUACUUUAAGUUAGUUCGUUAUUGAUUAAUUGGAAAAACCAAAUAAACUUCGUUAUUAAUGUAA